GAAGAAUUUACGCAGCAGGUUAGGAAAGAGGUUCGUGUUUGGCUUAAAAUGAUCUGUGCUCACAGAAAUAAUCGGAUAUGGAUUGUUAGUCAGGAAGUCAACUAACUAACGUUAGCUUCUUCACCAGUUCGUGUUUGUAGUUAUUUGCUAGCAAAUAUACUAAUCUUUAGUUAUUGUCAAAGAUGAUUCCAUCUAUUGUACAUAACGUUAACUAGCUAGAUUCCCUUUGGUGCAAAUGUCUGCCGUAUCCUUCGUCAUAGAAAAAUAGCUAGCUAGGUAAUGUUAGCUAGCUAUCAACAGCCUUUUAACAACAAAAAAUGAUUUCUAUGAUCCAGUUUAAAGAAGUUCUAGAAGAAAAAGACAACGGUGAAGGUCAACUGCUCCAUCAGGCAGUGUCCAACAAUGAUGACAGACUCCUUGAUGAACUGCUCUCUCAAGAAAAGUACAGAAAGUUCAUCAACUGUAGGAGCGGCUGGGGUAUCCCAAGAACACCUUUACGAAUGGCUGCGUCUAAAGGUCAUCUCAGGUGUCUGCAGGUUCUGCUGGCCCAUGGAGCAGAGGUGGACUGUCUAGACGUGAAGGCUCAGACCCCACUUUUCACAGCUGUCUGUGGGAAAUACUUCAACUGUGUUUUAGCCCUCCUCAGGGCAGGUGCUAACCCCAAUGGCAGCUUGUAUAACAACUGCUCUCCGGUCCUGACUGCAGCCAGGGAAGGGGAUGUUGAGAUUUUGAAGCAACUUCUUAAACAUGGUGCUGAGGUCAACUCCAGAUCUAAAGUCUUGCUGUUUACUUCAAGUGCCAGUGUUUCUAGUGGUCCCCUCUAUCUGUCUGCUGUGUAUGGACACUUAGACUGCUUUAAAGUAUUACUUCUCUAUGGGGCUGAUCCAAAUUACAACUGCACAGAUGCAAAACUACUGAGUAAAAUCAAGCAGCCUAAGACCGUGCUUGAAAUGUGCCUCAGACAUGGCUGUGGGGUGGAGUACAUCCAACUUUUGAUUGACUUUGGUGCAAAUGUCUACCUCCCCACUCUCAUCAUAGAAAAGUCCACAAAGCAGAAUGAGGCAGUGGAGCUGCUGCUGCAAGAAAGAGGUUUUCCCAAGUCCCUUGUAUCACAGUGCCGACUUGCCAUCCGAGGAUACCUCAGGAAGAUCAACAGAAUCCAGUCCAUUGACCAUUUGGAAAUGCCAUCAAGCAUGAUAAACUUCUUGCAAUACAAAUCAGUCCCAACAAUUGCUAUGCAUCUCUGAGAAAGCAUAUAUUGUCCCUAUGCUUUUGCUACAUGAAACAUAAUGCUUACUUUUUUCAAAACAUUUCAUAGUGAUGUUGAAAUGGUACACAUUUGUUGUCCUGCAUUUGAGAAUAGAUGUGUAAUGUUUAUUCUCAAUGUUUUCAAUCAGUUAUGCAAUCAUGUUUUCAUUUUCUUGUUUUAUCCCUCUUCCAUAAUAUAUGUGGGAUUUUUUUUGUAAUACUGCAAUGUCAGCGUAAAAUAGAAUGUACAGUAGAAAUGACAACCAUUAAAAUGUCUUAAACUAA